ACUCUCGUGCACCAUAUUAUAGCAACUACUAUAAUCCAUUGAAGGAAGCUUGUGAAUAUUGUACUUCAGUUGAAUUUGUUGCUGUCCGAAUAGCUUUGAUCCCUGUAACUCUACCACGGUAUAUUCCGAAGGUUGUCUGUGGCGCCAGCCGAUUAGCUAUCCAUCUCGAAAUCCUACAACCAUUAACUCAACUUCUUUAGGUGCCAUAUAUACUUCGUUAUGGAUUUAGAAGACGGGGGAGGCUCGCCUUGGGGAGGUACGUUUUUCUAAACUGAAAUGCGCACACUGUGAGAAGCCGGUGUUGACAACUAUAUCAGAUGUUCCUUCUCAAGCUCAAUCGACACCGAGCUUACCCAAACCGGCGGAGUCUGCUACAGAAGGAGGUCAGUCAUCAUCAUACUGAGAGUGUUCGAAUCUAAUAUUUCUUGUUAAAGAGUCCUCGGAAACCGCAUCACAGACCCUGGCCCCGCCAGCUACUCAAGGCAAAACAUCUGGAGGACGCACGAUACGUACCCCUCGACGCGCUGGAGCACAACCCGUUCGACUUCAAGCUUUAGAUGAUUCUUUAGGACCAUUAGGGCCUUUGGGUGAUAAUGCGCCAACACCGAAAGCCGACGAGCCUCCUGCGCCGCCCCAAAAAGAACAAACUGUCACACACAAUCCGCGGCAACCAACAGCUUCAGCGCAAAGCCCUACUGUUAGCCGGAGUAUGUUGGGUUCAGUGGAUUUGAAUGAGGAUGUUGAGUCUAGUGCUGGACCUCGUAUACCACCUCCUGUUGAACCAUCCCAGGGAGGCCCCGUUCGAAGAGAUACAACACCUAGUGUGAGCAUCGAACAAGCUGCCAAGCCUACUUUCUACAUCACAGUCGGGGAUCCACACAAAGUUGGGGAUUUGACUAGCUCUCAUAUCGUGUAUUCAGUUGAAACAAAGGUAGGAAGGAUAUGUCACUUCAUCAAAAGUGUCGCUUAACUGAUCAUGAAUUAGACUUCUUCCAAAGCAUAUCGUCAACCAGAAUUUACUGUCACUCGAAGAUAUAGGGAUUUUUUAUGGCUCUACAACACUUUACAUGCAAACAAUCCUGGUGUUGUUGUACCUCCACCUCCUGAGAAGCAAGCUGUAGGAAGAUUUGAUACCAAUUUUGUCGAAUCUAGACGUGCAGCAUUGGAAAGAAUGCUUAAUAAGACAGCUGCCCAUCCAACCCUUCAACAUGAUGGAGAUUUGAAGUUGUUCUUGGAGAGUGAGGCUUUCAAUGUUGAUGUUAAACAUAAAGAACGAAAAGAACCCGGACUUGGUGAAAGUAAAGGCAUGUUUAGUGGACUAGGUAUUUCUGUUGGUGGAGGAGGGAAGUUUGUUGAACAUGAUGAUGUGAGUACGUGAUAUGGCUAGAGAUUUGCAUUAGCUGACAUUAUUAGUGGUUCCAUGAACGACGAAUUUAUCUGGAUGCCUUGGAGAAUCAACUUAAAGCUUUGUUAAAAGCCAUGGAUGUUGUGAUUAGUCAACGUAAAGGUCUUGCUGAAGCUGCGGGUGACUUUUCCGGUUCCCUCAGAGCACUCUCAGCAGUUGAACUCUCCGCGUCAUUAUCCGGUCCUCUUGAAAGUCUUGCAGAUUUGCAAGUUAGAAUCAGAGAACUUUAUGAUAGACAGGCACAACAAGAUGUAUUGACCUUGGGUAUCACUAUUGAUGAGUAUAUUCGUUUGAUCGGAAGUAUCAAGCAAGCAUUUGGUUCACGUCAAAAAGCAUGGCACUCAUGGCAUGCCGCGGAAGGUGAUUUACAAAAGCGUAAGACUACUCAGGAGAAACUAUUACGCCAAGGGAAAUCACAACAAGAUCGUUUGAAUCAAAUGCAAGGAGAAGUGGCUGAUUCUGAACGUAAAGUCCACCAAGCAAGAUUGUUAUUUGAGGAUAUGGGACGCCUCAUGAAGGCGGAACUCGACAGAUUUGAACGUGAAAAGGUUGAGGACUUCAAGAGUGCUGUUGAAACAUUCUUGGAGAGUGCUGUGGAAGCUCAAAAGGAGGUUAGUUAUUGCAACUUAAAGCCAGAGAUUUUGUACUAAUAUUCCUUAGCUUAUUGAGCUUUGGGAAACUUUCCUUAUGCAAGUUGAUGCUGAAGAGGACGAACAAGUAUUUUACAAACCUCCUGUAGAGCCCGCAGCACGCCCUUCUUCGGAAACCGGACUUUCAGGUGAAACUGCUACCGAAUCACAAGCUGCAGCCGUGGUAACCGCAGAAGAAGAAGAGUAAUGAAUGACACAAUGAUAUCACGUUUUGAAAAGUAAAUUGGGAGAGCGAACGAAAAAUGGAGAGAUGAACCAAUUACCAGAUCAUGAGUGAUGGUGAUAUGCUGGUUGUAGUAUCUUUUACAUAGAAUAAUAUUUCAAUUCUGAAUGCACCCCCACCCCUG